UUAUACUUGUUAAACUAACUGUUGACGGUGUUUGUUUCCACAGUGGGCAGGUCAGGAACAUGGCUACCCUGAAGGACAUCACAAUUCGGUUGAAGUCCAUCAAGAACAUCCAGAAAAUCACCAAGUCCAUGAAGAUGGUGGCCGCAGCCAAGUACGCUCGUGCUGAGCGGCAGCUGAAACCGGCCCGGGUCUACGGCACCGGCGCUCUCGCUCUGUAUGAGAAGGCUGACAUCAAGGCCCCAGAGGACAAGGCCUCCAAGCACCUGAUCGUAGGCGUGACCUCUGACCGCGGCCUCUGCGGCGCCAUCCACUCCGGCGUAGCCAAGACCAUCAAGAGCCAGAUCGCCAACCUGACCGGCGCCGGCAAGGAGGUGAUGGUGAUCAACGUGGGAGACAAGCAGGGCCUGUUGUACAGAACUCAUGGGAAGCACAUCCUGCUGAACUGUAAGGAGGUCGGCCGUAAGCCGCCCAACUUCGGCGACGCCUCUGUGAUCGCGGCCGAGCUGCUGAACUCUGGGUACGAGUUCGACCAGGGAUCCGUCGUCUUCAACAGAUUCAGGUCCGUUAUCUCCUACAAGACGGACCAGAAACCCGUGUUCUCCAUCGACACGGUGGCUUCCUCAGAGAACUUGGGGAUCUAUGACGACAUCGACGCCGACGUUCUGAGGAACUACCAGGAGUUUGCUCUGGUGAACGUUCUCUAUCUGGCGCUGAAGGAAUCGUCCACCAGCGAGCAGAGCGCCAGGAUGACGGCCAUGGACAGCGCCAGCAAGAACGCCUCUGAGAUGAUCGAUAAGUUGACAUUGACCUUCAACCGGACCCGGCAGGCCGUCAUCACCAAGGAGCUCAUCGAGAUCAUCUCUGGAGCUGCAGCCCUGUAA